AUGAAUGAUGGUAGUUUUGAUGAAUAUGUCUGUGGAGAUGAAUCAUUAUUUGCAUUAAAAUCAAAUAAUAUAAAAAUGAAAGAAGCAGCUGCUAUACCAUUAGUAUGUGAAACAAGUUAUCAAGAGUUAUUUAAAAAGGCUUCAUCACCUAUUGGAGUGGAAAGAAAAAUAGUAAUUUGUGGUGGAAGUACAGCCACUGGUUAA